AUGCACUCUGAUGUGGCAAGUAAGUAUAGUUGUGGCUUUUGGUGUAUUUUACGUGCGGUAGGAUAGGCUCCACGUAUUGAUAACCGGGUCUAUUGCAUCUGUAUACUUUUAGAUUUGGAUGGUUCUAUGAACUGUUAAUCGAAUAAAUGUCUGUACAGACUAUCUGACUAUAGCCUUUCCCAGUGUUGUCUUGGGGCGCAACAAAGGGAGAAUACUGUGUACUGUUAUUGCUAGAGGCACGCACAUUUUGUUGGAAAUUGUUAGGAACGGUAACAUUGCCAAGGCAACUAUUCUGUUCAAUACAUCUUAAUGUGUCAUUAUUGUCGACCACAUUAUACUGAUAUUUUGUCGGUUAUUUACGGGUGGGAAUGCAGUGCAGCUGCAUUGCAAGUAACACUUGGAAAACAAUGCUGUGUAAGGCUAAAUAGGUCAGUUUUCCAAGCAACUGCGGAAAAUUACAGAGGAUGAAAAUUGUGACGCAGUUCUGUAAAAUAUAUUUCUAUGCCGGCUGCAAUAGCUCUCUCUGACUGCGCGUCAUCUACAUCAAUUGUUCCAAGAGAACCAUAAGAUACAUUUAUGCACUAUUCCAUAGGAUGUAACAUUUUUGUAACAAUAUAACAUGCAUUCAUCAGUUGGGGUGAGUAGCAGGAGAGGGUUGUUGAAUGAAAUUAUUCAUUUCUGAGGCCUGGGAAUUGUAGUCUAAUUCCACUCUCCAUUGCUCCUGAUAUAAGAGCCUUGAUCCAGGAAAUGGACUACAACAACCAUGUCUCCAUCUACUCUCCAGAUACUUUCUAAACUCUGUGCAAGUUGUGCGUCUGUACCUAUUUUAGGUAGGCUAUAUUCAUCUAGUGUUUGAUGGGAUUCGACUAAUAUAUAUAUAUAUCUCACUGGAUUCGGCCUUUCGUUGAUCUAUCUUGCUUGUGUGAGCGUUUUCACAAAACUAUGUUGACACUUAGCGAACGUAGAUGAAGAUAACAUUAUUUUCUUGGAUAAGCAUAUGUCGGCAUAGUGUUUAAUCAAAAUCGACAAACAAUUUUUGGCUGGCAUUCUUUGAACCCUUUUAUACAGUAACGUUACAUGUAUGUAUUGAAUACCAUCCUCGUGUCAGCCCGGCUCAUGAUCUGUAGGCCACUGAAUACUAGUGCCUUUUAUCUAGCAGUAGCCUAUUGCAUUAUAGUACUUCAUCAUACUACCCUCUGGUUGGUAAUUGUGAUAGAAGACUACUAUAACUGCUAAUUUUUUUUAAAAUUGUCAAUCCCAUGAUGAAAUGCCUUGAUUGUUUGCAGUUAUGGCUGUGACAUCACUAUUUAGUUAUCCCAACUGUUUUGAUGCAAAUGAUGAAGAUGGUGAUUAAGAUGGUUGUACAUGCAUGCGUUCUCAUUCAUAUUGGCUGAAUGCAAGAGGUGACCAUGGCUAUGACAGAGGGAGCAUGAUGUAGGCAGGCUGUGGGUAGCAGAUGGUGAGCUCUCCCUUCUCUGUGCCUUGGGAAACCUAGUGAAUUGACAUGUUAUGCAGCAUGUCAUUAAGAUGAGGUUAUGUUUCUGUGAGCAGCAGAUUUUUGUUUCAUAUACUGUUACAUGUACUGUUGCAUAUGUGUUCCAUAUCUACUUAUGUACUGUAGUAGUGUUAAAGUUAGCGAUGUGCUGAAAUUGUAUUUUUCACCCUAUAGAUUUUCAGCUACACUCCCAUUUGUCUACACUGGCCAGCAUUCACAAAAUCUACCACACCCUGCACAGGCUGGUAAAAGCAUUUUGCCCUCAUAUCAUUGUGUAUUCUUCAUGUGUCGUAUGAGUACUAGCCACCUGUUCCAACUGUUGUUUCCUGUUGGACUUACUCUGGCACGACGCUAAGGAUUUGAUCGUGGACAUUUCCCCCUAUCUACAAAUUAAUCGGAGUUAUUAAUGAGUUAUAGAUAUAGAUUCAUUUUGUAUUCCUGGAUGGACCCUUAAAGGGUGUGAUUCAUCCUAUCGUCUCUCCUCCCUCUCUCGCUGUCUGAAAUAAUAACUGCAUCUCUAAAGGUUACAAGCUUGAGGAAAUGAGAGAGCAAGCCUCCUGUCCCUACACACCCUCCCCUUGCUCAAUGCAUGCAGAAGUCUGUGUGUUUGUGUGUCUUGGUGGUGGUUGCCUAAUACAUUUAUCCCGCCCCUCAGAACCUGACGGAGAACGUUGGACAGGACAGUCACUCCACAGGUACCGACCCUGCCUGCACCUAAUGCAGACCCAUGUGACACUUGUACACCUAUUGUCCCUGAUCUCUAUAUCACUCUCUAUCUCUCUCAUAUUGUGUUUCCCUCAGCCUGCUGCUCCAGAGCCAUGCCUCCUAGGAAAAAGAGGAGACCCACUGCUGGAGAUGACCUGCCAGCCAAGAAGAGUCGCCAGGACAGGUACUACCAACCUGCUACACCAACUUAUGCAACAGUUAGCUAAGUAACUAGACUAUAUAGGAGAGGAGUGAGUGGCGCAGUGGUCUAAGGCAGUGCUAACUGUGCCACUAGAGAUCCUGGUUCGAAUCCAGGCUCUGUCGCAGCUGGCCGCGACUGGGAGACUCAUGGGCGGCGCACAAUUGGCCCAGCGUUGUCCAGGGUAGGGGAGGGAAUGGCCGGCAGGGAUGUAGCUCAGUUGAUAGAGCAUGGCGUUUGCAACGCCAGGGUUGUGGGUUCGAUUCCCACGGGGGGCCAGUAUAAAAAAAUAAUAUAUAUAUAUAUAUAUAUGUAUUCACUAACUGUAAGUCGCUCUGGAUAAGAGCGUCUGCUAAAUGACUAAAAAUGUUAUAUCUAACAGUCUUAUUCACUGUUCACUAAUCUCUCGUGCACAGACUAUGUAACAGAAAUUGUAUCGUAACAUCUGUCAAAAGACUGUUGGAUUUGAUGACUAACGAGCAACGGUUAUGUGUGGAGGUUUUUGUAACUGGUUAUUUGAAUAAAUCAUGGUUUAGCGGGUGUGCACUUCUUUGGAAAUUCGGAAGGGGAUGGUACAUUUGACCCAUAGCCUUGCUUGAAACUUGCAGAGAGAUGGGGUGGAGUUAUGGCCCUGCUUCCACUCCUCAUUUUAGUAGAUUUUCUCAUACAUCUCCCCCCCAGAUUAAUUACGCAAAAAUGUUGUUCUGGGUUUCAGAGAUUAACUGUUCACUGAAACCGUAUGCAUGCAUGAUGACAAGUGAUUUGUCUCCCCAGCGAAUUUGCAUACGUCAUUGCCAACUCAGAAAUUCAAAAGAGCAGCAAGAGGACUUGUCAUCACAUAGCUCAUCCAAUAGGGAUUAACAGGAUGAACCUUUUUUACAUCAUAGUGUGUGAUAUGCUCCCAGACGGUAGGAUUUUAAGUCGCUCAAUGUAUUCCCAGCACCUGCAGUAAUGUCUGAAAUAUGCUGUGUGCACUUGUGCCAUAGAUUGUCUGAAAUUGUCAUUUUCGAAAUGCAGUGUUUUUAGAAAACAUGAGGCACCACAAAUCCGAGAGGAGGAGAGCUUCUCCAGUAAAAGAUGUCUGGAGUGGUUCUACGAAUACGCAGGUGAGACAAGAAUUGUAAAUAAAAAUAUUCCUCUAUCAGUUUGUAUAAACACACAGACCAUAACGGUGUAAAUGCCUUCUCUAUUACCCUUAGAUUGGGGUUUUCAUGUCAUAGUUAAAUUGUGUUGUAUGACAAAGCUGUGACUAGGGCAUCAUUGAUUGCUUCAUAAAGGAUGUCUCUUGCUUGCUGAAAUUGUCGUAGAUUAAUGUUUUAUAUGUCACCUGCAGGUGGGAUAGGGUCAUAGAGAAUUGUUAUGUAUAUAUGUAUGCAUUGUGAUUGUCAUUUUUGCUGUGAUGUCAGAGUGUAUGACAUAACAAUGGAGAUAACCAAUUAUAGUUUUCGUGAUGUUAUAAUAGUGAAUGCUUUGACCUCCUGAUUAUGACAUGUUAAUAGAGUAGAGUCUCUAUGGUUGCGAUGUCAUAGCAUUUUUGUGUCUGGCUACUAUGCUGUCAUAAUAUUGCAGAUUGAUGCUAUGCGUUUGUUUAUGGUAGGAGUUGAUGAUGGCGUAUACAGCAUAUAUAAUGACUCUGUGUGUGUGUGUCUUUAAUAGGCUGUGAUGAUGUCGUGGGGCCAGAGGGAAUGGAGAAGUUCUGUGAAGACAUUGGAGUGGAACCAGAAAAUGUAAGGAUGGCUAGUCAUGUCUAUGUAGAUGGGUGACAUUUAUAAUCCAUCUACAUGUGCAUGCAAAUCCUAAAUCAUCACAAUGGAUCUAAUCAUCACAACUCUUAUCUAAAUUAUCCGGGGGCACACCUGUGUCGCUCCUCUUUGAAUUAUCCGCCAUCCGACUAGCAGAAUAACGGUUUACAGUACAAUGACACAUAUCAAAAUUCUUAGCUCUUUAUGAACUCUUUAAACAAUCCAAACAUGACAAUUUAAUUCACACAGUAACAUUCAUUUAGUCGAUUCAAGUUUCAUCAGUCUUCACCUCUCCUGGCUUCAAUGACCCUAGGACUUCUGUGGGAAUGUCUCUUCAUUGAGAUUUCCACAUAAGGUGUUUUUAACCCUGGAUAGCCCACAGAUGGUCUGCCAUCCAAACGAUGUAGUCAUCAUGCUGUGCUCCCACAUCAGCCAUCACUAGAAGCGAGUAUCACCUUCUCUCAUUCUUCCACUGUGUGUUUGUGUUGGAGUGUCAGUGUAGUAUGUGUAAGUGUGUGGGUAGAGUCCAGUGAGUGUGCAUAGAGCCAAUGCAAGAGAGUCGGUGCAACUAAACAAUGUAAAUAGUCCGGGUAGCCAUUUGAUUUACUGUUCAGCAGUCUUAUGGCUUUGGGUUAGAAGCUGUUCAGGAUCCUGUUGGUUCCAGACUUGGUGCAUCGGUACUGCUUGCCGUGCGGUAGCAGAGAGAACAGUCUAUGACUUGGGUGGCUGGAGUCUUUGACAAACUGUGUUUGAGUUGGGGGAAAACUCUGUUAUUGAGAGAUGGCAUAAAGAUUACAAUUAUUAAUUGAAAGUAAAUAUUUGAAAUAUCAAGCAUUUCAGUUUAUAGUAAUAUGUGAGUGUAUGGUGUUUGUGAACAGGUGGUGAUGCUGGUUCUGGCCUGGAAGCUGGAUGCCCAGAGCAUGGGCUACUUCACCCUACAGGAGUGGUUGAAUGGCAUGGGCUCCCUGCAGUAAGUCUGCUCUAAAUGUGUGUGUUUUUAUUGUACAUAUGUUCUGUGCGUGUCUGUCCAUACAGUUUAUUUCCAUUUCUAGCUGUGAAGUGUACAAAAUGGUGCUGAUAACAGACUGGGGUUAUAGUCUGCCUCUGCCUGUAUAGUCUACUGUCUGUUUUAUAGUCUACACUGUAGUCUGUCUCUAACCUGUCUCUCUGGCGUUGUCAGGUGCGACUCCACAGAGAGGCUGAGGAACUCCCUGGACUACCUGAGGUCUGUCCUAAACGACACCACCAACUUUAAGCUCAUUUACAGAUACGCCUUCGACUUCGCUCGGGUGAGUGAGGCAAAACCUAAUCUGCAGUAUUAUCACUAGAUUUCCUCUGACUGGGAUAUUCAUUCCCAAUGGAUAUUUAUUUGUUGAUAUUUAGAUUCAACACACGACAGAUUAUACAUUAAACUUUAUUACCAUUUUAUAUAAAUAAACACGAAAAAUACCAGUGAUGUCAGGUAUGAAAAUAUUGCUGUGCUGUCAGCUCUCAGCUUUGUGUUCACAAGUUCUGAGUGUCAAGAUUAUUUUCUUGUUUGUUUUGCAUGGCUGAAGCGCUAAUCAAGAGUACUGAUGGGCUAUUUACAUAGUCUGGCUUGGAUUGAAGUAAUUGUAAGGCAUGUUCCCCUGAAAGCAAUUAAUUGAGCUUUACAGUGAAUGGAAAUAUAGAGCUUGAAGUGAGAUCAAUACCAUUUAAUAAACAAAGCACAUGGGAUUUGCAUUUGUGUCCUCAUGAAUUCCAAAGGAUCAAUGACCAUUACUAGUUGGCUUACUGUAUUACUUAAUCACUUACAGUUAAAUAUUUCAAUUGAGUCAUAUUUGACCCAUGACCUUGGCGACGUCUGUAUAUUUUUGAUUGUACAGGAAAAGGACCAGAGGAGUUUAGAUCUGAACACAGCCAAGUGCAUGUUGGGGCUUCUCCUUGGAAAGACUUGGUCACUGUUUCCUGUGUUCAAUCAGUUUUUAGAGGUAUGGAGUCUAACCUGUGUAACAUUCAACUUAAUAAAGUGAGGGAACUGUGUGAGAAUGUAGUGUUCUUUGUAUUGACUGCCUGUCUAUGUUCAUUUAUUUAGCAAUCCAAGUAUAAGGUCAUCAACAAAGACCAGUGGUGCAACGUUUUAGAGUUCAGCAGGACAAUCAACCUGGACCUCAGUAACUAUGACGAGGAUGGAGCCUGUGAGUAUCCACACACACACUAAUGCACAAUGACACUAAUACACAAAUACACUCAUUCUCAUGGUGGUACAGGUGAUCAGUUCCCUAAUGUUAUCAUUCUUUUCUCUCAUUUUGUCAGGGCCAGUUUUGUUGGAUGAGUUUGUGGAAUGGUACAAAGAAAGACAGAUGUCAUAGCAUCAGGUACACUGCAACAAACGUCAACAAAACAACAUAAUACGACGAUAACGACAACGGCUAUGAGAAAACAAACUAUACAAAAUGGGAGAGGUGCGUGUCAGUGAUGACAGGUGGUGCUUCCAAGUAAUGAUUGCAGUGUGGUUUUGGGCGAGGGGGUGUAAGGUCAAAACUGGGUGUAAGUUUCCCCGGGGAGAUUGGGAUGUAGAUUACUUAUGGUCACCAUCUCCAGGUAAUGUUCCCUACCCAUGUUGCAUUGUGGUUAAGCACAUGGCAGCCCCUGUGGCGUUGCACCCCCUCACUGUGAUGUCAUAUUGCUGUGUGAUAGGAUAACCUGUUCUCAUGAGUGGCUGACGUGGGCUAAAUGGUUUUGUGUGAAAGAAAGAUCCACUCUUCAACCCUUCGCUCCUGCGAGGAGGAAUAAAACAAACAAAAUCCCUCCCUUUUGAACAGUCGGUCUUAGUCUUAAAUCAAGGUCAUUUUGACCUGGGCACAUUUGAAUAUUGUAUAUCCGUGCUUUGAACUUGAUCUGUGCUUGUCUCUUUAUAACCUACAGAACCCAUCGUUUCUAUCAGUUGUGUCCUAUAUUUGGGUUGAAUUGGAAUUCUGAAAGAAGUACAUUGUGUCAAAUGGCUGAGUGUUACAGUAGUUGUUCUUUUAGCCAUGGUCCUUAAAGCUGUUACAGGUGGAUGAUGACUCCUGCACAGUUUACUAUGAUGAAGUAAUUUGUGCCAGUGAUUUUGAGCCCCCAGUGGUUUUCAUCCCCACGCUCACUAUGAGCCUGUGCUAAAGCAUUUUAGCCCCCUGCGAAGGCUUCAGUUCACCUCAUACCACAACAACUAACCAAUCAGCAGUGCUGCUUAUUAACUCUUAUUACAGUGCAGUGGUCAGUCGUUAGUGGACUGGCCAGCAUUCAUGGUUUACGUGACCAAUCUAUGUUUCUAAGCUGUAGGUUUGUACGAGUAUUUUUUACUUAUUUUUUAGAGGUUGCUUUACUUGCUCAACACGCACACACACACACACA